AUGUCUGUGUCUCCGCAGCCUGUCGUCUGCCCGCUAGCUGGGGUCUGCAGGGCGUGGGAGGGUCCGUUGGAGGCGCGCGCAGACAGCCCGCGCGAGGCUUCUCCCCAGCGCUCGAGCGAAGCUUCCGAGCUCUUUCCUUCCUUUCGCGGGACUCUGCUGUGGCGGCGGUGCCUAAAAUGCCUGCGCGUGGACGCCGACAGAGCCUGGAAGCACCUGCGGAAUGUCGCAGACGCGAUCGUGGAGGACGGCCUCUGCGAGCUCUCCAGGAGAGUCACGCGGAAACAAGUCGCCGGCGUGGAGGACUCCUGCCUCGAAGUUCUUCAACACCCCGUCAUCCAGCGCAUCUGCAGCGAGCGAACCUACCUUGCAGACCUCGCGCUCUUCAGGACGUGGCUAGACAGAUACCAAGUCCUGACGCCGCCUGAGACGUGCCAGUGCGGCUACGAGGCCACGGCGUCGCGGGCCUCUUCUGAAAGCGGACGCCCUUUGACUGUCGCGCCUGUGUCCGUGGAGCUCGCGGAGAGUCCCGAAGUGAACGAGGAUUUGCGAAUCAGAGAAGGCCGCGCGCUCGCCCUGGAGAAGAGACUGAAGGAAAGCGAAGAGGAAGAAAAGCAGCUGCAGACGGAGCUCGACGAGCUCCUGACUGAGAUCAUCGAUGUGAACCGCGAAAACGUCCGCCUGCGCACGCGCCUUGCCUGCGAAGCGGAGUUGAACGCUCACAUCUCCUAUUUGAACUCUGCGCCGCAGAAAGACAAGACGCUGGCGCGGCCCGAGUCGCGGGAUUUCGCGGCAGUCAUUCAGGACGUCACGCAAAGAUGCGAGAGACUGGCGCGAAUGGCUGCAUGCUUCGCGAAUGCAGCGCCUGCGGCACAAGCGCUGGAGGCCUCGUCCGCGUCGUCUGCGUUCCCCUCUCCGCUUUUUCAUGGCAGCCACGCGCCCGUUGCGACGCCUGAGCGGCUGGCUGCGUCGCCUUUGAGGCGGAGAAGCGGAGAGGAGACUGGGCUCUCUCUAGCUGUCGAGCGAGCGCGUCAAGAGGCCUCGCCGCUCCAUUCUUCUCCGCGGGCGCGGGCUUCUUCAGGUGGCGUGACACCUGGAGCGGCCUCCGGCUCGCCCGGCCCCCAGACGCUGUCGCGCCGCCGCGGGCGGAGAGUUCUCGCCGCGCUGCACGACCCGGUGUCGCGCCGGCUGCUGUCUGACGACUCGAAGAGACAGCGACCGCAUGCAGAGGAGGAAGACAACGCAGAAGGAAGGGAGGCGCUGCUCAGUUCGCAGGCCUCGCCCCUUCGGCCGGCACAUGUUCGGGCGAGCCUGGAGGCGAGGCGACAGGCCGCGGAGACCAGCCGAAAGCGCGAGGGACAGACGGUCCGCGGCGCAGAGCCCAGCCCCGAGCACGCGAAGAAGAAGAAAGUCGAGAAUCUGAAGACGAGUCUGCGGGCCGGCGCAGGCGGCGCGGAGACCAGGAGAGGACAGGAGGCUGGGGAGGAGCGAGGCGAGGGGGGGGAGGACACCGCGAUGGAAGAAAUCCCGAAUCAGGAGGAGCUGCCUUCGUCCUGGGCGCCGGCGCAGGACUCCGUUCUGAGGAGGCAGGCCGUCACGCCUCCGCGGAAGACGUCGGACUCGCCCCUGCGGAAUUCCUCGCUGUGGCCUGCGGGUGUGUUUUCAGAAGACAGAUAUCGCUCGCGAGCGUUGCGCGACCGAGAGGAGGGCGUCUACAAGAGGAUCUCGGGAAAAAGAGGGAAGUGGGGCGGCUCCAGCGUCCCCAGGAGACUCCCUUCGCAGGCCUCGAGGCCCUCUGCGCCGGUGGAGGCACGCCUCGAUCGCGGCGUUCACACACCGCCUUCGCUGCGGUCGCCGCGCGAUCUCUCGGCGAGCCUUCAGCCUCUGUGGCAAGCCGAAGGCGUUCCUCUCUCGAGCGAAGAGGAGGAGGCCUUCGGCUCGCUGUCGAAGCUGCGAGAAGCCCCGGAGGACGCCGCGGGGGACGGAAGCAGCGAGGAGUUCAUGUCCGUCCGCGGCGCAGACGACUCGCCGGCGCGCCUCGCCCCGGAGCAGCGCUCUUCUCCCUCCCGUCUGCGCGACACAGUCCUCGGCGCGCGAGAGGCGCCUGCAACGGGGCUGCUGUUCAUUCACUCGGAGGCCUUCACCGCUGCCACGCUGCGGGCGCGGCGAAGCGCGGACGCGGACGCUCAGAACGCGAAGGUGUCUCUCCCCGCCGCGGCGCCGGAGUCCAACGACAGUCUCUCCACGCCUCGCAAGCGAGGCCGCACCACGCAGGCCACGCCUGAGCUCGACGUGGCGCCAAACGCCCGCGUGGAGUCGCGGCUGAGAAGAGACAGCGCGAGCGGGCGCGACGCGGAGCUAGGCACGGCAGGGAGAGGCGCCGCCGAGUCGCGCUCUCCAAACCGAGAGAGAAGAGAGUCGGAGAUCUUUCUCUCGACAGACAGGUCGGCGCGGACAGCCGCCCGUAACCUGCAGGCGCCUCCGCCGGAGCCCGACGCAACUUCAGCCGCGGAUGUGAGCUUAACCAGAGGCCGCAGCACGACCAUCCAUAUAUGA